GUUCAAUCGACAGAAUCACAUUUUACAUACACGUCGCGUAGCAAAUGAGUAUUGCUCCAAUGUAUCGGUAGAGAUAAGAAAAUAUCAUCUCUUCUAUCAGCUUGUAGUUAGUUCAGCUCGAAGAUGAUCGUCUAACGUGCGAUUCUCUAAGACGUUGGGACGUUUUUACUUUCGUGGUUUCACUUUUCUUAAAGUCGUUGGAACCUGAAGAAAAAUAUAAAUCUUCGCGUGUUCGAGGGAACGAUGGAGAACGCUAACAGAUGCGUACAAACUGUACUCGGAGAAAAGGAUCUGAACCGUCUCGGUAGAGUUCUUACUCACGAGCAUCUGUCUUUGGUAUUCGACACAUUUUACGUCCCACCUCCGGCCCAUUUGGAGCGUUUUCUGGAUAAGAAGAUCGAGCUUAGGAAUGUUGGAUUCGUCAGACAAUAUCCUUACAGUAAUUUAUACAAUUUAAUGUUGAACGAUAAAGACUCGAUGGACGCCGUCUUGGAAGACAUGAAACUCUAUCGCGAAUUUGGCGGUGGUACUAUCGCGGAGAAUAGUAAUUAUGGUUUGAAACGCGACAUUAUGUUAAUGAAGAAAGUUAGUAAAGAAACUGGCGUCAAUAUCAUCGCUGGAACAGGCUAUUAUGUUGCUGCCACUCAAAGUGCAAGCGAGCUCCGAUUAUCCAAGGAAGAAAUGUACAAUACAAUGUUAAGAGAAAUGACUAUUGGCUGCGAGGAGUGUCCCGACGUAAGAACAGGAUUCAUUGGAGAAGUCGGAAGUGCUUGGCCAAUUGAAGAUUUUGAGAAACGGGCUAUUCUAGCAACCGGAGAACUUCAAGCACAAUUAAAAUGCCCUGUUACUUUUCAUCCGGGAAGAGAUCCUGCGGCUCCAUUUGAAAUAAUGCGACUCUAUCAAGAAGCGGGUGGUGACUCGCGAAAAGCGAUUCUCUCUCAUCUAGAUCGAACCUUCUUCAACGAUCAGCAGCUUUUGGAGUUUGCCGACGAGACGAAAUGUUAUUGCCAACACGAUCUGUUCGGGACCGAAUGCUCUUUUUAUCAGUUAUCUGCGUCGGUAGACAUGCCAUCCGACGCGCAACGCAUCGACCGCGUCAAAAUACUACGAGACGAUAAUAAAUUGGACCGCGUGCUUUUAAGCCACGACAUUCACACUAAGCAUAGAUUAAUUGCCUUUGGUGGCCACGGAUAUUCUCAUGUCUUCAAGAACGUUGUACCGAAAAUGUUGCUGAAAGGUUUCACUCGAGAAGAAAUCGACACCAUAACUAUCCAUAAUCCGAGGACUUGGUUGUCACCCUAAUCACCUUUAUUACAACCUAUCGACUUUUAUUGCGUAGUCUUAAUCCACCGAACAAAAGUGAAAGAAUCGAAUAGUUACGAAAGCUAUAAUCUGUACAAAAUUAUAAUUCAACAUAUAAUUGAGGAACAAAAUCAAAUGACGUCAUCGUGCAACCGUUGACAACCUUGGCAUUACACCAUAACAAAAGCAUGAAAUAUAAUUCAUAGCGAUAUCGCAUUCUUCUUUAAUGACCUAAGACACACUUGCGUGCCAGAAGCAGAUUAAGCUAAUUUAAAACGAUCCCACAAACUACAGAUACGACUCUUGUAUAAAUACACUCUGUUCGAAUAA